UCAUGCAAGAAAGCAAACGUACGCCACCCUCCGUGUAAGUUUGAAUUUAGCCAAGCAUUAUAGUAUUCAUUUCAAGAUAUAAUUUAUCAUCAAAUCACUCAAAUCACAGAGCUUUCCUGAGGAAUUCGUUCUGACAUCAUAUCCAUAAUAAAAAUAAAAUAUUAGCGCAACUGCACGCAUGCGCAGAGGCAUGAAUCUUGGCAUAAACGAGAAGGAGAAAGACCCUGGGUACGACCGGAAUAGAACGAGAUUGUUUACAUUCGAGACACUGGCUUUGUUAUAUUGAUGUAAACAAUAUAGCUAGCGUGAAUUUUAUAUUUCGGAAAGUUGAAGCAUUAUUACUACGUACACGACCAGCCUCAAGUGACGAACGAAAUUAUAAUUACAAGUGAUAUAGCUUUGCCUUUGAAAGCGAUUCAUAUCUAUAACAUUUUAUUAAAAAAAUACCGUGAAUGAUGCCAUUAUUUGGAAGAAAUAAAUCUAAAACCUCAUAUUUGGAUUUUGCAGAUUCACCGGAGAAAGCAUGGAGCAUUGCCCAGAUAUCACAAGUGUUCAAAGACGGCAAAGUACUCGACUCUGAAAGCAAAUCUAAAGCAAAUGGACAUAUAAGGGUUGUGUGUGUCUCAGAUACACACGGUAUGAGGGAGGGUGUCUUAGAGAAUUUACCUCAAGGUGACAUCCUUAUUCAUGCAGGAGACUUUACAAGAAGAGGAGAAAUUCGUGAAGUGGAAAGUUUUAACGAGUUCUUAGGCUCUCUGAAAUAUCCAUACAAAGUAGUGAUCGCUGGCAACCACGAUAUAGGAUUUCACGAACAGACUGCAAAGAGACUACAUCAUCUUAAAUUUGUCCCUGAGACAAAAGUAAAAGCAGCGUUGACAAACUGCAUAUAUUUACAAGAUUCAGAAGUUGAGAUACAAGGAUUGCGUAUUUAUGGCUCACCUUGGACACCAGUAUUUUGUGACUGGGCAUUCCUUAAACGUCGUGGUGACGAUAUCAAUGAAAUCUGGCAAAAAAUACCAAAAGAUAUUGAUAUUCUGGUCACUCAUGGACCACCUUUGGGAAGAGGUGAUUCUACCUUUGACGAGACUCCUGCAGGAUGUGCAAAUUUAUUGGAUAUAGUUCAGAACCAUGUGAAACCAAGAUAUCACAUAUUUGGGCACAUUCAUGAAGGUUAUGGUUCUUCGUCAGACGGAGUGACAACCUACAUCAAUGCUUCAACGUGCAAUAUUAUGUAUAAACCAGUUAACAAACCUAUUAUCUUCGAUAUUAAAGUAAAAAACAAAACAUUGGAUAAUGAUGACUCUAAACAGGUCUCUGUGGGCUAAACUAUGAACCAUAUUAUGUAGGAUAAGAUGUUAAUUAUUUGAUAUUGCACUGUUAUAAAAUGAUUUCUUUAUAAUUCAACUAAAAAAAAGCAGGAUUAAACAUUUCGU